UCCAGACCAUCCAGAUCAUGACGGGAUUCCUGCACAUCGGCUUCGGGAUCGUCCUGACCACGCUCACUAAUGUCUACACCUCCGUCUUCGUCAUCGGAGAGAUCCCCUUCCUGGGCGGCGUGUCGUUCAUCAUCUCCGGCUGCCUCUCCAUCGGUGCUGAGAAGAGCCCCACGGAAUGUGCAGUGAAGGGCAGCCAGACCAUGAACGUCAUUAGUGCCAUCUUCGCACUCCUGGGAAUUGUGGCCUUCAUCGUGGACCUCAACCUCAACGGGCUAUACCGCUCCASUUUCAACAACAGAUAUCUCGUCCUGCUCGCAGGGAAUGGGAUUUCCAUCGUGCUGCUCAUCUUCACCAUCCUGGAAUUCUGCAUCGCUGUGGCCACUGCCAAUUUCUGGUGCCGGGCCACUCGCCUCAGCUCCAACGAGGCCAUGCUCAUUGUCCCCAGCGCCACCCGUGUGGAUCUGACUGUGCCACCGGCGGAGCUGCCUCAGCCUCCCAGCUACACCGAGGUGAUCCCAGGAAUUUCGGGAUCGGGAGCAUCCAGCUCCCAUCCCACUGCCUUCCCUGGGAAAACAUUCCACCCCAAUCCCCAGGGAGCAUCCCGGMGCAUCCACCCCUCUGCUCCGGGAAUGGGGAGCAGAUUCCAAAACCCCAUGGGUGGUGGGUGCUGGGGAAGGGGGGGAUCCCCCCAAAUCCUGCCCCCUUUCCAAAACACCCUUUCCUGUCUCUUUGCAGCUGGCUGCUCCYGAAGUCUGACACCGAGGAUGUCGGAAUUGGAUCCUGCCUCCAUCGCUCCCAAAUCCCAGGGCUACAGCAUCCUCCUCCCACCGCACUUCUGGCUGGGAUGUGCUAGUCCCCCUCAAAAAACCAGGGACACCCCCAAAUCCCCUGCCCCUGUGGCCCUGGGCCUGAUCUGAGGGGCUCCACUUGUUGGAGCUGUGAGAAGGGGCUUCUCCACGGAGGAAUCGUGGGCAAUUCCUGCCUGUAAAUCCCCAGUGGGAUGCUGGGGUUUGUUCUCGUYGGGGUUCAGGAAUUCCUGGGGGUCUGGUGGCUUGGAGUGACCCCGAUGUGUGCCAGGAGCUGGGCAGGUCACCGGAGCAUCUACCUCGGCUCGUCCCCUGUUGUCUUUAUUUUAUCUUGGGAAUAAAUGCUCUCUCCGGGC